AUGGAUGCUGAAGACCCCAGUGGUGAACAAGACAGAGAAAAUGGUGUUUCUCGUACCGCAAGUCAAAGAAACGCCUAUGACAACCAGCGGGAAACACCACAGCAAGGGCAGAAAUGGAGAAGGGCUGCUUGAUUUGACUCAAGCUUGAGGAGGCUGAGAAGAAGCUUGGAUGAGAAACCCUAUAAAUGCGUAGAAUGUGCAAAGAGUUUCAGUCAGGGCUCAACUCUUUUUCAACAUCAGAAAAUCCAUACUGGAAAGAAAUCCCAUAAAUGUUAUGAUUAUGGGGAAAGUGUUUUUCAGCGUUCCAAUCUCAUUCAGCAUCGAUGGAUCCAUACAGGAGUACCCUAUAAACGUGAUGAGUGUGGAGAAAGCUUUAAACAGAGCUCAAAUCUUAUUCCGCACCAGCGAAUUCAUACUGGAGAAAAACCCUACCAGUGUGAUGAAUGUGGCCGAAGUUUCAGCCAGAGUUCUUCCCUUAUCCAACAUCAGAGAACCCACACCGGAGAGAAACCUUAGUGCACUGAUUGUGGCAAAUGUAUCUGCCAGAACUCUCAUCUCAGGAAGCACAUGAAAGUGCACAAAGAAGAGAAACUUCCUAAAACAUGAAAGAAAAAUAUCAGGACGAAAACCCACUUAGUAGCAUCUUGGAAAACUGGCACCGAAAGGAAGUCAGUAGCUGGACUCCGCUAA